AAAUCCAAGAGGACAGUGUAUAGACAGUGACAAUAGUGAGACUCGAUUGACCUCUCCUUACAAUCUCAAAACCAUUGAACAUCUUCAACCUCUACCCGACGAUAAGAAGAAAAUCUCAGUCCUUUACACUCCAUCCAAUCAUUCCCUCCCCUGCUCUUCCCGUCCACAUCUUCCCCUUCAGCCAUAAGAUACCCACAACCCCAUUUUCUCCCUGUUGCUGCUCCUUCAGCCUCUUCAACAAACUCAUUCUGCUCUACUCUGAAGCAAAGGGAAGAAACGAAAUGGCCUCCUCCACCGCUCCCACCACCUUUUCUCUCCUCAAAACCACCGCAGCUUCUUCCUCUGCCUCCCGCACCUCCGCAUCCCUGCUGCGCGUUCCAUCCACGCGCGUCCAGAAUCCAGUUCCCCUGCGUCACAGCAUCGGGUUUGCUUCCUCGGUUGGGGACAGUGUGCUGUCUCGCAGUGUCUCUUCAAGGGUAAGAUCGGUCAGCGGGAAGGGAUCGAGGGGAGUUGUGUCGAUGGUGAAGAAGAGCGUUGGGGACUUGACGGCUGCGGAUUUGAAGGGGAAGAAAGUGUUUGUGAGGGUUGACUUGAACGUUCCCUUGGAUGAGAACCAGAACAUCACUGAUGAUACCAGGGUUCGUGCUGCCGUUCCAACCAUCAAGCAUUUGAUUCAGAAUGGAGCUAAAGUCAUUCUCUCCAGCCACUUGGGACGACCAAAAGGUGUCACCCCAAAAUUCAGCCUGGUUCCUCUUGUUCCUCGGCUAUCUGAGUUACUUGGCAUUCAGGUUGUGAAGGCUGAUGACUGCAUUGGUCCAGAGGUUGAAAAAUUGGUUGCUUCACUUCCAGAAGGAGGUGUUCUUCUCCUUGAGAAUGUAAGGUUUUACAAGGAAGAGGAAAAGAAUGAGCCUGAGUUUGCCAAGAAGCUUGCCUCCUUAGCUGAUCUCUAUGUCAAUGAUGCCUUUGGGACUGCUCACAGAGCCCAUGCUUCAACUGAGGGUGUUACAAAGUUCUUGAAACCAUCUGUCGCUGGUUUCCUUCUGCAGAAGGAACUGGACUACCUUGUGGGUGCAGUGUCAAACCCAAAGAGGCCAUUUGCUGCCAUUGUCGGUGGUUCUAAAGUCUCUUCCAAGAUUGGAGUCAUUGAGUCACUCUUGGAGAAGUGUGACAUACUACUUUUGGGUGGUGGUAUGAUUUUCACAUUUUACAAGGCACAAGGUCUAUCAGUUGGUUCAUCCCUCGUAGAGGAAGACAAGCUUGAUCUUGCCACAUCCCUCCUUGGGAAGGCCAAAGCAAAAGGAGUAUCUCUUUUGUUACCCACUGAUGUAGUGAUUGCCGACAAGUUUGCUCCUGAUGCAAACAGUAAGGUUGUGCCAGCGUCUGGUAUUCCUGAUGGAUGGAUGGGAUUGGAUAUUGGACCAGAGUCUGUUAAGACCUUCAAUGAAGCUUUGGACACUACCAAAACAAUCAUCUGGAAUGGACCAAUGGGAGUGUUUGAGUUUGAUAAGUUUGCAGUUGGAACAGAGGCUGUUGCAAAGAAGCUAGCAGAUCUUAGCAGCAAGGGAGUGACAACAAUCAUUGGAGGUGGAGACUCUGUUGCUGCAGUUGAAAAAGUAGGAGUUGCUAGCGUGAUGAGCCACAUUUCAACUGGUGGUGGUGCCAGUUUGGAGUUGUUGGAAGGCAAGGAGCUUCCAGGUGUGCUUGCUCUCGAUGAGGCUACACCAGUUGCUGUGUGAGAACAAUUUUUCUCUCAUUCCCAUUGACAAUAUUUUCUUCAUCUUUGCAAUGGUGGAACGAGAUGCUGUAGGAAGAUAUGAGUUCAUGUUGUAAAUUACACAUUUAGGCAGUAGUAUAAGGUUGCAUUCUGCCUACCCUUUUCUCUAUUUCGACGUGCUAAUCUUGUCACAAGAGAGUACAAAUCAGCAGAUUGAGCCAGUUGAGCUGCGUUUCAAAUAAAGUUAAUGAUUUUAAUGACAAACUUAUUUUUUC